AUGUCAUUAGUUCUUUACAAUAGAAACAUUCAGAACGACACGUCUAUUAUACUUCACGAUCCCAGUACCAGGUCGCUGGUGUUGUUUCAUGAGGCUACAGGAAGUAUAAGUUUAACUUCAAAUCUACCGGUACGUCAAAAAAGACUCCAGUUACCAGCAAUUGGUUCUCACUAUGGCUCAGAUCCUAAUCGUUGUCCUAAUUGUGGGAAUAUUAUAAAUCCACCUUCAUAUUUUAUUCAUGAGAAUUAUUUUCAACUUCUUCAAGAUAUUCCCAGGACGUCUUCUAAUGGUUCCGAUGGGCCGUUAGAAGGGGAAGGCUGCAUACCUUAUAAUCUUUUCACCCAGGGAUAUUACAAUAAUUUCUUCCAUGAGUUAGAAAUGUUGGGAAAUGGUGCUCGUGGAUCUGUUUUUAAAGUUGAACAUACGCUACUUGACCAUAGCCUUGGACUUUAUGCUUUGAAAAAGAUACCGAUUGGUAAUGAUGUAACAUGGUUGAACAAAUGCAUUCAGGAGGUCAAGUUUAUGACUUCCAUCACUCAAGAUUGUCUUCAUUUAGUGAAAUACAACCAUGUGUGGUUGGAGAAGACAAAAUCUUUUGGUCUUGUCACAACAAGGAAUGGGACUAAUAAACAGGAUAAUAGUGUCUGUAGCGAUGUACCUUUUAUGUUUAUCUUAGAGCAGUUUUGCCUGGGCGGUAAUUUAGAAGGCGUUGUUAAUGAACAGGUAUUCCAUAAACUAACAGGGAAGGAGACACCAGAGGACAGGAAACGUUUAUUUAAGAUGAAGAAGAAAGGUGCGCCGCUGCAGCAAUUAGGGCUAACGACGUUCCAAAUACUUUCGAUAGCAUCGGACUUGGCACAUGGGUUGCAGGAACUACAUUCACUUGAUAUCAUUCAUAGGGAUUUAAAACCGUCCAACUGUCUAUUACUAGACGUCUAUAAGACAGGCGUGAAGGAUAAUUUUCCAAAAGUUUUAAUUGGUGACUUCGGAGAAAGUCAGCUCCGUGGUCAAUUGAGAACUGCAACUGGAGCAACUGGGACACUUGAAUUUACCGCUCCAGAGUUAUUGAUCUUUGAGGAUGAAUUGCGUAUUAAGGUUUUGGAUACAAGUGCACCUCAAUUUACCUUUGAGUCAGAUAUGUAUUCAUUGGGUAUGAUAUUAUAUUAUGUUGUAUUUGGCGAAUUACCCUUCAAGAGUGGUCUCGAAAUGCGCAAGUUAAAAAGCCAGAUCAAGCAGUACACGUGCAGUACCAAGGAUUUACAUAAACGUCAUCAGGAACUUAAUCUGCUUCCUAUUGAUAUCGGUAUCUUUGAUUUGAUCAGUCACUUAAUGUCACCUGUAUCUUCUAACCGGCCAUCCGCGACAGAAACCAUAUCUACGGUGCAACGUCUUGCUGCUUCUCAAGAAGCGAAGACUAUGGCUCCAACUCUAAAGCAGGAUGGAGACAGGGGAUUGAUUGGUAGAGCAAUAUUUAUAUCAACCCACUUAGCGCUCAGUAUUGUCUAUUAUCAGUGGCGCUCUUCAUCUUCCUGGAAUUUCAUUAAUUUGGUCCUUCUGGGGUUUUCGUUUAAUUGCCAAGAUUUUCUCAGACCUUAUAUUAUAACUCUCGCUAUACUUCUUUUCCUCCUAUAA